CUAUUUUUAUUACAAUCUUUCCUACAACUUCCCACUUUCCAGCUCCUCCCCAGAUCAAGGAAUAAUUGGAAAUUUGGAGGUAGCCACCACAAGCUCACAAAAGCUCUCAUCUGCAUCACAGCAGGUAAAGGCCACGCCGAACCCCCUGACUUCAGAGACGAAUUGCUCCCCACCCUAUUUUGACUACUGACUGAAAACAGUGGAGGAUUCAAAUCUUUACACUUUUUCCACCUUCACUUGCCUAUAUAAGUAAGUACAGAGUGUAUCUUGAGACAGGGAAAAAAAAAAAAAGUGAAAAAAAGAGAAGAAAAGAAGGAUGUGGUUGGUUAUGCCGCUUAGAACACUUGUAAGGCAUGGUCUGUAAGACAACAUUCUCAAGCUCUGUAGAACAACCUGGACUGAAGCAAUGCUGCUGAUCUGCUUGCUGGGGCUCAGGAGUUGUCUGAAACAAUCCUAAAGCCACAGGAGAUUCCUUCAAAAAACUUUUUGAGGACAGAGAAAUUUUCCUCAGAAGACUGGAAAAGAGCAAACGCGGUACCUCUCUUAAGAAGGUGGAAAGGAAGGAGUUGGGAAAACUAGAUCCCUAAUCCCAGCUUUAGUAUUUGAAAGAAACAUUGGAAUCACCCACCAAAGAAUCUGUUUGCAAGCACGCAGAACUCAACUCAGUGUGGAGAAAUGACCAACAACAGCGAGAAUUGCAAUUUUACAGCCAUCGACAGCUUGGCAAGGACCAUGCAGCUGGGGAUCUCCAUCCCCACCUUCAUCCUCGGGCUGGUUCUCAACACGGUGGCCCUGUUUGUGUUCUGCUGCUUUUGGAGGAAGCAGACCAAAACCUCUGUGUACAUGAUCAGCCUGGCGCUCGCAGAUGUCCUGCUGCUGCUCUCGCUGCCGCUGAAGCUGUACUCCUCUGCCACCACGGUGCCUGGGCUGCUGUGCUCCUUCAUACAGGCUCCUUAUUAUGUCAACACCUACACCAGCAUCUUCAUCAUUGUCUGCAUCACUGUCGACAGGUACAGGUGCAUAAAGCACCCCUUUGAAGGUCGAGCUAACCAGUCCCCCAGGUGUGCUGUCUUGAUUUGCUGCUUCAUCUGGGCAGUAGCUUGGAUCUGCAGCACCCCUAUAUAUGUGUUUCACAAGAAGGAUCUUAUUACAUGCUUUCACAACAUGUCAGACGAGACGUGGAGUGUCCCAUUAAUUGUUUCUGUGGAAAUAUUUGGAUUUCUGAUCCCACUCGCAGUGAUGGUUUUCUGCUCUGCUCAAACCAUCUGGAUUCUUCUGAAUCACAAAAGUCAAGUCAAAAAGAAGGUAGAAGAAAGUGGCUCCUUACGAGUAAUCGUCAUCAACCUUGUGGUGUUUUUGGUGUGCUUCACACCCGUCCACCUUGGGAUCUGCCUCCAGUGCCUGGUGAGGCAGCACGUGAUCGUGGACUGCAGUCUGAAACAGACCAUCAGCCUCUUCCUCCAGGUGUCGAUGACAUUUGCCAACCUGAACUGCUGCCUCGAUGCCAUCUUCUACUAUUUUGCUGCAAAGGAAUUCCGUAAGAAAACACACCUGAAAAGGGUUAUUGCAUCGUGUCCUGUGUUUAAGCCUUGUGCUAUGCAGCGGGACUGCCAGCAGUGGGAGAAUGCCCCUUGCUAGGACACUGACAUGGCAGGGAUGGUGCCAUAAGGAGAAGGACAAUGUUUUUCCAGUGAAUGCAAACCUGUUCCAUAUUUUUCUUCCCUUUAAAGAGGAGGGGGAAAAAAGUUAGAUUAAGGAACCAGCAUUAGCAAAGUGACAGACUCACACCAAAAGAAGCAUUAACCUUGAUGGUAUCUACAAAAUGUGAAAGGCUUGCCAGAGGAAAACUGACCAGAUCACAGGAAGGCCAUUUAACAUCAGCUUUUGUCAUAGCUGCACCAGUUUUCCUUUUACAUGCGUGAUCAGAAAUGUCACAGUUGAGACAGAUGUGACACUCACGAAUCACACACACCAACUCCAUUCAGAAGGCAAAAAGCUUAUCUUUAAUACCACUCAGCAUCUUGUAUAGUUUCUUAGCUGUUUACGUAGUUUUAAAGCACAAGCUUAAUUCAGCCAAUCAUCACACACCACUGGGUGAACACACAGUAAUCAUGCAGCAUGUUUUUCUACCUCUAAUUCAGCUAUGCCUCUUUCCCACAGUCCUUCUCUAGCAGAAUAGGCCUGAGCCAUGAUUUUCCAAAGGCAACAAGGCCUUCAUUUUAUAAGGUUUUACCUGUAUGCAACACAGAAAGGUGUUGCUAAGAGCAAAUACAGAAAUAACUAUUCAUAACCUUUCUAACUUAGAAGGUAUCUUGGCAGUUAAAAGGCAGUAUCCAGCCAAAAGUCUGACUCUGCAGAAGGUCACUGUUGGAGCUCCUCUGCUUUGGGCAGCUUGGCCGGCCUGGGACAGCACUGAAUCCUCCCUCCUGUAAGCAUUACAGACUGCUUGCUACGAGGGACAGCAGUUUUUGCUCCUUCAUGGAGGACAUGCUGCCCAGAAGAGAAAUCCAAGGGAGUGCCUUGGGUACCAGCAAUUCCUGAGCAAAAAACUUCCCUGAUUACCUUUGCUGAGGAAUCAUUGUGGUUUUCUCCUGCAAUUUUAAAACAGGCUUUGCCCAUGAAAAUCAAAAGAACCCAUUCAAAUACGAGAUUUAGAGAAAGACUGAAUGUAUUGAACUGUGUUUCUACAUCAGUGUAUUUCUAUCAAAGACAUAACAUAACACAUGUAUGAAAUCCUUGUGCAUGUCUUCUUGCUCUUUCUUGGAGCAGGGGAAUUAAGAAAGCAAGCCCUGCAUCACAGAAGAUUAGGGAGUGGCUGAUAUUCUCCUUUCUCCCAUCUGGAAGACUGGACCAGCUCUAUCCAGCUCAUUCCUUAGAGAAAUCCUUCUAGCCUGUACUGUACCUGUCUCAAAACAUCUCUGGGCUUGCCUGAACCCUUCAGGUCAGCACUUCUGGAUUGUCACCAUCCUAAUGCUAUUUCAAAGUUCGGCUGUGAAUCUAAUCUAAAGGUUUCUUUGUUGCAAUUUAAGCUAACAAUUUCUUGAACCCUUAUCUAGGAGUGGUUGGUGCUCAUAGCCAGAAACACAUUCACAGAAAGAAAUAAUUUUCUUUGCCAUUCUAAAACAGCUGUGAAAAUAGUGUAAGACUGCUGGUAGUCAAGUUUCUGGGGCAGGUAUUCCCUUUAUUCAAAAUGUGAAAAGAAAUUACCUUCUCUCGGUGGGAAAUUAGAAAGAAAGGGGUACCGUUUUGAAAAUACAAUUUGCUGUCCAUCGAUUUCCAUAGAAAUGAUUGACUGUGCAAGUAGGCAGCUGCACAUAUCUUAUAGUGGGCCUAAUACAUUAACAUUUUAAAACCUCUUAGUACUAAAACUAUGACCACAGCUAAGGCAAAGAAAGAUUUUUAUCAUCAUCUUCGCUGCUUUCUGUAAAGCAGCAAGAGGAAGAGUUUUCCAAAACAGUAGAUUUUCUAAACAUUAUUUGUUACUGCCUCAAUCAUUUAGAAACUUACAGAUUUUCAAUAUGGGUUAACCUUUCUUCUUUGCACCUUUCACAUUACUUUGCAUACAAAAUAUGCAUAUGAGAAAGAACGUUUUACCAAAUAAACUGUACAAGUGAAGUGUAUGAUUUGAAAGUACAUUUUAAUUUCCCAGUUUGACAGCAGUGUAUAAUUCUCUUCUACCUACACUAGCUGCCUAAAAAUUACUCAGCAGCAGCAACUGUGACCCAUCACACAAGGCUAGGAUUAUUAAUGAAGCAGUACCUUCGACUUUUAACUCAUUUAUCACUUGGAAAAGGUCAUAUUCUAAUAUUCAAGGGAAUAAGAGCAUGUACGCAGGAGGCAGAGAUGGAAAGUGUGUGGGGACUCCCAUCUGCAAGGGUUGGGGAAGAGUUCGAUUUGCCAGGAUCAGGGAGACAAAAUUCCUUCAUGUCAGUGCUCAGUCAGGGGUAGAGUCCCAGCACACUCAAGCAGGGAGAGACUUCACUUACAGAAAGAAAUUGAUGUCAUUGUCUCAAUGAAGGAAACAGAAGUCAGUCUAUGAAAAUCAGCCUCAAUAACGGGCAGUGGUGGGACCCACUGUGAGCUACUGGUCUCAAGGCUCAGUCUGCUCCUGUCGUACAUGGCUGCAAACCCAGACUACAAGAUCUGGAAGUUGAACUGGUCUGUUUUCUUCCCAUUUAUUGCCACCAGGGCCACUUCUUUUUUGGCCUAAAGUGUUUUUAUAUAUAACUCCAUUUGUCUAAAUUUUGCCUGUUAUAUAAGUAAGUGAGAGCAGCCUCUCUAAGCAUGCUUGUAAUUUGAGAAAUGAAAUGAAAUUAAAUGAAAAUGAAAUGAAGAGAAAGAAGGAAGAGAGCCCAGCUGUGUUGAUUUUACAGGCUGUUACAGUAGUCCAAUUUUUUAGCAUAAAAAAGCACAGGUCUUUUGAGCAAGGUGUUACUUUCAAUUCACUGCUUUUCAAUGUGAACUUGCAUUCAAAUAAUACACUUAAAGUCCUCUCUUUGACCUGCAG